CCGCUUCUAAUCAACCGCCAACCAAACCAUUCUGCCAAUAUAUAGCUCAAGCUUCCCCACACUUUUGUUCUGUCAGUCAGUUCAUGGACUUUCAACACAACAGCAAUCAUGUCGGCUCCUAUGAUAAAUUGGGUUCCUAUUGUGAACAGAAUUUAUAAAUAUGUCGCCAAUACUACUAUUGGUUCAUCAACACAAUCAAUAACUCUUCCAUCAGUUGAGAUUCAUGACAUUGAAACAGCUCCCGAGAAAAGACCAAGAACUUUGAAGCAUCUUUUAAAAUCGAAUCAUAUUAACCAUUCUAUCCUUUACAACCAUAAUCGAUUUCACAACCAUUUACCACAUCAUCUUGGAUCCGCAUAUCUUUUAGGAGCAGAUUAUGACCAGUUACAAAGAGUUUAUGCUGAAGAAUCAAAAGUUCUUGAGGAAUGGCAGGAUUCUCCUGGGGAGAUUACGGAUGCGGAUUGGAGGGAUUUCUUAGGGGAGAAGGUGUACCAGAGGGCAUAUGUUGAUUUCUUUGAGGAUGAGCUUGCUUUGAAAUUUAGUUAUGAUUGGAAGGCUUUGGUGGAGGAGUAUCUUUACAGUGGCAAAGCUCCUCUUGUCAAUGGUCUGACUUCAGGACGUAUGUGUAUCAUCUAUUCUGUCCCACUGAUUUUAACAAUUAUUUUAGUCGGCCACCCCCUUAUUCAUCUCGGUUACGCAGUCGAAUUGAAUAGCCGUGAAUUAGCCAUCGAAGCCCUCUCCCUCACAUCGACCUGCUACAAUUUCAUGCAUAAGUACCUCGAUGAUCCAUCCUAUACCAAAGCCUCUACCUGUAGCACAACCUCGCCCUUAGAAAUUCUCCACAAAAUACACGCCGACUCUCGGUUAGAUGGGUUUUUAGAUGAACCAUCGCCCUCCAACAUAACCAAGCUUUUCGAGAAACAUGAGGACUUCAUACUAGAGCAUUGGAACGCAUGGAGCAUUACCGAUCCCGAAAAACAGUUUCGUGAUUCGCAAGAAGCUGCUGUGAAUUUACUUGUGCAGACUGUUAAACCUGGUACUCACGCAUACGACUUCUUUGUGGUACACAUUCUCACCACUAGCCAUGCCGUUCGAAUUCUUCUUCCUUUCGUCCCAGCAAAAUUUCAAGUAGGUUUGAUACGUCAGUGGUGGUUAUUCACAAUCGCUGUAUACUGUGCACAGAUGAGACCGAAAAUAAGCGAGGACAUUGAGCAGAAACCAGGGCAAGGAUGGAAAUAUGUGGAAGAUAAAGCUAUCAAUGGUGUAUGGUCAACUGACCCACAUUAUGUGAAAGCAAUACGAGCAAUCAGGGAAGCAGCUUUUACUUGGGGAGAUGUACAUGAGAGGUAUCUGUCCAUGGCAGCCACAUUUGCAGAUGAUUUUAAUGGAUGGACUGGAUUCGGGAGUUCUGAGUCUGAUAGCAUUGGUGGGCAUCAUUAAUUUUGGUGGUGGGCAUUUUAUUGUGUGUAUUACUGUGAUUACGAUUUUAUGAAUGUUAUGGAGCUUCUGGGGAUAUCAAAAAUAAUAUAGUCUUAGUUUUGCCCUAGUGGUUUU